AUGACCCCUCUGUGGAAACAGCGCCUGGAGCCUCAGCCUGCAGGACACCCGUGGAAAGUGGCAGAUCAGAGAACUAGACUUCCUAAAUGCCCGAAUGCUGCUCCUCGGCACGCUCAACCCUCAUACACAUUUGGCUCCAAGAGCCCGAAACAUGCAGUGGCCUAUAGACACUUGGAAAGUGCUGUGAUUGACUCAUAUGGAUGGGAGGAGGUGCAGAGGGCAAGUGGCUACCAUGGACGGCAUGCGGAGGCGAGUCCAGUGCGGCCACGCAUCGUGACAGUGGUUCGGCCAUGUGGAGAGCACGACUUGCGGAAGAUCUCUCUUCUAUUAAACCGGCGGGCAGUGCUGACAUUUGAGCUGCUCAUAGCUGAUGUAUCAGAAGCUCUUGGUUUUCCUAGUUGGAGCAAUGGCCGUGUCCGUCGCCUCUUCAGUCCAUCUGGUCGAGAGAUCCGCAGCCUCUCAGACUUCUUCCACUUUGACCAUGCCUUCCUGGCCUUUGGGAAUAGUCGUCCAUCCCUUGGAGACGUACAGGCUGCCCUGGAGGAGUUGUAUCCUGACAGUUCAAGCUACCGUGAACACUUGCUGAGGUUGUGGGAGCGGAUCUUAAGGCCUAAAGCAGCCAAGGCUGAUAGCGGUUUCCAUGACGAUGACCUCCAGGUCAACAACUCUCUAAAUGUAGCCCUUGAGCCACUGGUUACUCAAAUAGCAGCUAACAAUUUGCAGCCUAUCAGAGCACAAGUUAGGCAGAAGGAGAAGGGUAGGCGAGAGAGGCAGCGAGGAGAGUGGGAGCACUGGAAAGGAAACCUUAAAGCUCAGACUAAAGAUGAGAAAGGGACAGAGAGGAAGAAAGAAUCUGUUUACUGUCGGAGCUGUAGAGGGGCUGGUGCACCUAUUCCCCCAAUUGGAAACAGACAGUGUGCUAAAUCUGAGAGGUCUAGUAAUCAGAGCAAAGCUCCUCCCUCUCAGGACAACAGGACCGAAAAUCCAUCACAGCAACAUCAAAAGACUAAAGUACAACCAGACAAUCCGAGCUCAGUCAAUGACCCAAAUGCCCUCCAAAGUGUCCUCAUUCCUGAGACCCAAACAGAAACACCUGCUGAGCAGGACAAGCCUAAAGUAGAAAUAGUGGCGCAGCGAGACUGGCAGCAAAAGCUUCCACCCGACGAUGUUGAGGUUUCACCAGAAGAAAUCGAGCACUGCUAUGACAUCGGCUGUGUGGUGGGUGAAGGGAAUUUUGCAGUGGUGCGGGAAUGCUGCGUGCGAGGCUGCACCCACACCUUCGCCAUGAAGAUGGUGGACAAGGCCAAGCUGCAGGGUCGUGGUCACAUGAUCCAGAAUGAGAUCGCCCUGCUGCGCAGUCUGGCACACCCACGCCUGGUGCAGCUGCUGCGCUCGCACCACACAGACACACACGUCUACCUGCUGAUGGAGUUGGUCACUGGCGGUGACCUGUUUGAUGCCAUUGCCCGGAGCGGGCGGUUCAGUGAGCCAUGUGCAGCCCAAAUGAUCAGAGACAUCAGCCAGGCUCUGGAGUACCUCCACAACAAGAGCAUUGCACACAGAGACAUCAAGCCUGAAAAUCUACUGGUCCAACGACAUGGCAAUGGAAGUGUCAGUCUGAAGCUGGCUGAUUUCGGAUUGGCCAUGGUGGUGACAGAGCCAGUGUUCACAGUCUGUGGCACACCAACUUAUGUUGCUCCUGAAAUACUUGCUGAGACAGGAUAUGGUGUUGCCGUAGAUAACUGGGCAAUGGGAGUUAUACUGUUUGUGCUGUUGAGUGGGUUUCCUCCGUUCCGCAGUCCAGACCGCAAUCAGGAGGAGCUCUUUUGUCUUAUACAGAAGGGAGAGGUCCACUUCCUGUCACCUUACUGGGACCAUGUGUCUGAAGGAGCUAAAGUUCUGAUCAGGGCUCUGUUAGAAGUGGACCCUGCUGUGAGAUUAACAGCCAGUCAAACUCUGCAGGAUAGAUGGCUUCUGCAUGCAGCAUCACAGAGCGACCACAAGGGGGACACAAACAGCAGUGGCAUCACAGUCAACAACAAAGACCAACCCAAACCGGGCAGCAGAGAGGAUGAGAGCAAUCAGCUUCAACCGUACACAUUGAGAGACCAUCAGACUCUUGAGAGUCCAUUACAAACAAGAGAGGCCAGUAAAAAUGGUCACGUACAAGAGACAUUAGCACAACAAACAGACAAACAACAGAGCAGUGCACACCUCCUGGACCUUCACAGCAAGCAGAACAGCACCCAGAACAUACCAGAAAGGCCAAAAAUCAGCAGGAACAGCAGAACAGACCAGAUAUCUUAG